AUGGAAGCUACGAAAUCGCCCAAGUCUAUUAUCGGAUAUCCUGCCGGCCUGCUACCAAUCGGUGGCGACGUUACUGUCGAGAUCGUCGAUCCUCCGUGUCCUCUGCAGCCAAUCACAGACGCACAGUACGUUGAUAGCAAGACCAUGUCCCGAGGACCAGGCAUGCAUACAAAAUACCUACCCUAUAUUUACUCUGCCGUCAAUGGCAAACUGGUUACGGGUGGUUCUUACGCUUUCGACACUUUCGGAAACGCAAGAGACUAUGCGCGCUGGGCGACAGAAGACUUCGAGGUCGGCGAGGAGGGGAAGAAGAUCAAGAUCUGGGACCAACCGAUGUUCGAAAGCCAUAGGAGCUGGGUGUGGCAGGUUUUGGGGCGCAUACUUUCACAGAGCAGGAAACCCAUGCGUGCAUGA